UCAGAGGUGCACCUAGGUAAUUUUGGAGUUUGGCCCUAAAGGCCUUUGGAGGGCACCCACCCAGUAUAUUUAACAUGUUUAACAUGACCACACCACCCAGGACAGACUAAACAGGAUUUGAGGGCCCAUGGGGGGUGUGGAGGCCCUGGACUUUAGCCCGGAAGUCCAGGGGUAAGAGUGCCUCUGCCAGUAACACCCUUGCACUUCCUAUCACGAGCAAGGUCUGGGCCCCAUCUUCUUGGUAAUGUGAGCCACUUCUCUUUCUGUACACCCCCACCCCACAACUCCCCUUUCUUCUUCAUCUCCCCUUAUUGCCUGUCCUGCAAACAGAAGGGAGGAGGCUAUUCUCUUGAGCUAAGGUAAUGGUACUUUUUUAAAUCACGCACCCCCUAAUUUUUUCUCCCACAGCACCCUCCUCCCCUCGUAAGGGCGCCAGGGGUAAUAGAGAGAAUCUGAGGAUUCACUGUUGUAAAGGUGGAGGUGGUCGCCCCUGUUUUAUUCAAAUAAGGCGUGCAGCACUCGGACUUCGGCUGCUGCGACGUGGAGCGUGACUCCGCCUUGCUGAAGUGCGGCUACAGUGUCAGCGGGCACCUUGGCCAGGCCAUCUACACCACCUGCGCCAGCCACCUGCAGAACCUCUUGUGCCAGGGAUAAAACUAGCAAGAGGCGGAAGAGCUGCAAGUCUUUCCACGUUGCUUGAGUCCUAUCAUCCUGCUCAGGACCGAAGCACUGCCCUAGUAGCUUUGGAGCCCAGAUCUCGCCACUCACCCCACUGUGCAUUGACAGGCGGGUGGAAGAGAAGCACCCUGAAGUUCUCCCACUCCCUCCCAUCUCCCCACCAAGAUCGAUUCAGAUUCUGUACUGGCACCACUCUGCCACUAGCCAGGUAGCAUCAUUCACCUGUACCACGUGCUUUGCAAUUAUUAGUUUUGUUCAAUUUCUGCCAAGUGUUUUUGUUUUGUCAAUAUUGUAAUGAGUUCCAAACAGAAUAAGCAAACACAUUUGUUCAAGUCUUUGAAUAAAAGGCCAAGACCAUCAAACCAAGAUUUGUUUAUGGAAAAUGAAGAUAAUGUUUCUCCAAGCACAAGCUGUUUGGCUACAAUCUCAAGUGAUGACCACAUUUCUGCAGAGACAAGUACACUCAGAGCCAGCUCUGAUUCAGACUCAGAGUCUAUAAAUGAAAGUGUCCACCCUAUCAAAAAAGCAAGAGGUAUGUUUAUUCGUAAAUACAAUGCAGAUUAUCUUCAGUAUGGAUUUAUUUGCAGCCCUGGUUCUGAAAAGGUACCAAGACCUCAGUGCGUGAUAUGUUCCACUGUAUUAUCCAAUGAAGCUAUGAAACCAGCAAAACUUCUUUGUCAUUUGGAAACAAAGCACAAACAAUUUGCGAACAAACCUAAGGAUUUUUUAAUCAGAAAAAGUAAAGAGUUGUCACUUCAAAAUCAAGCAUUAGUUCAAUCAGCUACUGUGGAUCAUUCAUUGAUGAAAGCUUCUUAUUUGGUUGCAUUGCAUAUUGCAAAGUCCAAAAACCCUUACAGUAUUGGUGAGACUUUGUUAAAGCCGUGUCUGGUUGGCGUUUGUAAUGAGCUUCUAGGGUCCUCUGCGUCUAAGAAAAUGAAAGAUUUGCCUUUAUCAAAUGACACAAUGACCAGGAGAAUUAACGAACUUUCAUCUGAUAUUGAAGAACAAGUCACUGAAAAAGUUAAAUUGUCAAAGGUAUUUUCAUUACAGCUGGAUGAAUCGACUGACAUUUCAAACAAAGCCACAUUAUUGUGUUAUGUGCGCUACAUUGACUAUGAAAUUAAUGAUGUGUCGGAAGAAUUGUUAUGUUGCUGUGAAUUACCAUCACAUACAACGGGAGCUGAAGUAUUCAAAGUAUUGAAUGAGUACAUGGAACAAGCUCAACUUGACUGGAAGAACUGUGUUGCUGUAUGCACGGAUGGCACUGCAAGUAUGCUGGGCAAACAUUCUGGUGUUUUGGCAAAGAUUAGGUCAGUCGCUUCUGAAAACAUGGUGCACACUCACUGUUUUAUUCAUCGCCAGCACUUAGUGGCAAAGAAAAUAUCGCCAGAUUUGCAUGAAGUAUUGGCACAGGCAGUUAAAAUCAUCAAUUUCAUCAAGUGUGAUGCUUUGAAUUCAAGACUGUUCACAAUUUUGUGUGAUGAGAUGGGAUCUGAGCAUACUCAUUUAUUAUUGCAUUCAGAAGUACACUGGCUAUCUCGAGGAAAGGUUUUGACAAGGUUCUUUGAAUUACGGAUAGAAAUCGAAAUGUUUUUGAUACAAAAAAAGUGCGAUAACAAUUACAUCACAUGCAUGCAAAAUGUAGACUGGAUUGCAAAAGUUGCAUACUUAUCCGAUAUUUUCAAUGCGAUAAAUUCUCUUAAUUUAAGCUUACAAGGCCCACUGGCAACAAUUUUUACUAUGGGCAAUAAAAUUAGUGCAUUUAAAAAAAAAUUAGAAUUGUGGAUACAUCGGUCUGAAGGAGGAAACUAUGACAUGUUUGAGACACUUUCCUCUCUAAUUUAUUCUGAUGAGGGUCUCGACUUUGAUCAUAACAGCAUCAAGAUUUUGAUACAUAAUCACCUCAAAUCAUUACAGCAAAAGUUUGAGGACUUCUAUCCAGCAGGUGAGGAUCAGCGAAAGGGAAAUCUAUGGGUGCAAGAUCCAUUUGUGAUGCAUAGCCAAAAUAAUUUGACCAUUCAAGAAGAAGAAAUGUUGCUGGAGCUGUCAUCAGAUGCUGGUCUCCAGUCUGCCUUUCAAUCAAUGCCCAUAGCACAGUUCUGGAUAAAACUCAAGGAUGAGUAUGAGAUUCUCCACAAAAAGGCAAUGAAAAUACUCCUCCCAUUUUCAUCAACGUAUUUAUGUGAGGCCGGAUUUUCAAGUAUGAGUCUUAUCAAAACUAAAACAUGUAACCGAGUUGACAUUAAUAAUUAUUUACGCUUGGCCCUGACGAAGACUGAACCGCGAAUAGAUCGGCUGGUGAAAACUAAACAAGAACAAUGUUCACAUUAAUUUAAUAUCUUGUUAACAAGUAUCCGGGUCGUCCAAGCCAAUUCUAUAGCUUCCUGCUACUCUCUGAUUCUAAGCCUGCCAUUACAUACAGUGUUGCCAGGUUUUGUGCAGCUGCGAUUGGCAUCCGUCAGAGGUUGAUGGGCUGUGAGCCUUUUUAGCCCUUUUCUUGUAAUUCUUAAACUGGUUUGCUCAGUUUUACUAAUAUUUUAUGCCGCCCUUUUGAUCAUUUUAUCUGUUUUUAAAAUCUUUUAUAAUAGAAUUAGUAUUAGUUAAUUAUUACCCUUUUAAAAGCUUUUUUACCCUUUUAGUAUUAACAAGUAUAUAUGUGAUUAUUUUUUCUAUUUUAUAAACACAGUCAUUCUUAGUUUUGGACUUUUUAUGAAUGUUAUGAUUUGCAAUCCAUAAUUACUAUCAGUCCCUUUAACACUAAACUGUAUAUUAAUUUUUAUGCUGGCCUCUGACCGUAAUAAAGGUUGAUUGAUAGUA